AUGAAUGGGGCCACGAAAAGGAAGGCGACUGCCGAGAGCGUCAUAGCUCCCUCGAAAAAGGCCAAGGCCCGUUCAUCAGUUUCGAAAGCGAAGAAACCGAAGCGGACGUUCGAUGUGGAUUCUCUACGAUGGCGCAAAGCCAAACUCUCGGACAUGCACAAUGAUUCCGAGGGAUUCUUUGGGCUGGAAGAGAUCGAUGAUGUCGAGGUCAUCCGCAAGAGCGAUAAUACCGUCGAAUUCAGAGCAGUUGAUUCACCUGCCGAUGCAGUUGACGAACCUGAAAGCGAUGAAUUCGAAGGAUUUGGCGACGAGCCAGCAGCUGUAGACAAACCCGAAGCCGGACAAACGAAUAAAUCUACGAAUAGCGCCGAAACUACCAAUGGAGACGAGAAGGUUGAGACCAAGAAGGCACCAAAAGAGCAGAAAGAGAAGAAAAAGAAGAACAAGGUGCAACAGAGCAAAGAGGACGCGGAGCUUGAGACGAAUGUAUUUGCAGGACUUGAUGACGUGGAGGAGCCACAAGAUGAUACUGAUGUAUCUGCGUGGGUGGAUUUGGACCUGUCUCCUCGCUUGCUUUCGUCCCUGGCCAAGUUGAAGUUCUCGAAGCCUACCUCGAUCCAGGAGGCCGCAAUACCGCAGAUAUUAGCCGGUCACGACGUGAUUGGAAAAGCUUCAACGGGCUCAGGAAAGACACUGGCGUUUGCCAUUCCCAUUGUCGAGAAAUGGCUGGAAGUGUCGGACGAGGAGAACCCUCCGUCAGCAUCUAAGGGCCCCCUUGCGCUGGUUCUCUCACCGACUAGAGAACUUGCACAUCAGCUUACAGAACACAUCAAGGGUUUAUGUGCUGGCUUGCCAAACUCUCCUUUCAUAUGCUCAAUAACGGGUGGUCUGUCGGUGCACAAGCAACAACGCCAACUGGCGAAAGCUGAUAUCGUAAUCGGAACACCAGGCCGCUUAUGGGAGGUCCUGAGCUCCAGUUCUGACCUGCUCAACAGCUUCAAGGGGAUCGGAUAUUUAGUGGUUGACGAAGCUGACCGACUUCUGACCGAGGGGCAUUUCAAAGAAGCCACGGAGAUCUUGAGCGCUCUAGAUCGGUUCGAAGCCGAGGAGGAUGAUGAAGGUGCCGCACCUUCGCCGAGGCAGACGUUGGUGUUUUCUGCUACCUUUCACAAGGGCCUACAACAGAAGCUUGCUGGCAAGGGCAAAUAUGGCUUGAUGGACGAGGAUGACUCCAUGCAAUAUCUCCUCAAGAAACUCAACUUCCAGGAAGAGAAGCCCAAGUUUAUUGAUGUGAAUCCGGUGUCGCAGAUGGCGGAGAAGCUGAAAGAGGGCUUGGUCGAAUGUGGUGCCAUGGAAAAGGACCUAUACCUCUACGCCUUACUUCUCCUUUACCCCAAUGUUCGGACGCUCGUUUUCACCAAUUCCAUCAGCUCGGCGCGGCGUAUAGCGCCCAUGAUUCAGAAUUUGAAUAUGAACGCCUAUCCGUUACAUUCCCAAAUGGCGCAAAAGGCGCGCUUACGGUCUAUCGAACGGUUUACUGCCGAAUCCGAGGGCAAAUCAUCUAUACUGAUUGCUACUGAUGUUGCUGCCAGAGGACUUGAUAUCCCCAACGUUGAGCUCGUGGUCCAUUAUCAUGUACCGCGGGCCGCUGAUGCCUACGUGCACCGGUCCGGUCGAACCGCACGUGCCGAAAAGACCGGUCUCAGCAUACUGCUGUGCGCGCCCGAGGAGGUAACACCAACACGACGUCUCAUCGCCAAGGUGCACUCGCGGCGCAAGAAGGCGAGCAAGAACUUCUUCGUGCAGACGCUGGACAUGGACCGCAGGCUCGUCGGGCGCCUCAAGCCGCGCCUCACGCUCGCGAAGAAGAUCGCAGACGCGACGCUCGCUAAGGAGAAGGGAAACAAGGACGACGACUGGAUGCGCAACGCGGCCGAGGAGCUGGGCGUCGAGUACGACAGCGACGAGAUGCAGCAGGUGGGGAAAUGGGGCGGCCGCGGCGGGGGCCGCAAGGAGAAACAGGAGGAGGCGCGGGCCACGACCAAGGCCGAGAUGGGCGCGCUGCGCGCGGAGCUGAGGGAGCUCCUCUCGAAACGGAUCAAUGCCGGCGUGAGCGAGAAGUUCAUCGCGACUGGCUUGGUCGAUAUGGAUGAGCUUCUCCGGGGUGCGAAAGGGGAGUUUCUUGGGAGAGUGGAUGGUCUAGAUAUUGGGAUGUUAUAG